GUGGCAAAACCCUAUAACAAUUAAUCAAAAAAAUAGAAAUACAUAUACUAAAAGAAAAAAAAAUCAUUUACAAAACAAAUAAAAGACCAAAGAAAUCACAAUGAAAAAACUUCAUUUUUAAAAAAAUGCCCGCCUGCCCGUUGACAGCUGGGAUAGCAACCCUUGUGAGGAUAAGCAUCUGAGAAAAUGAAUGGAUAGAUGGACGACUCUUGCGAGGAUAGGCGGCUUUGAAAAUGGAUGGAUAGAUGGAUGACCCUUGUGAGGAUAGGCGGCUUUGAGAAUGGAUGGAUGGAAAACCUGAAUGUGUUUUUGUAAACAUUAUCUUUGUGAGUGCGACUGUUUGUCUCAAUGUGCCCCCCGAUUGGCUGGCGACCAAUUCAGGGUGUACCCCGCCUGCUGCCCGCUGAUGGCUGGGAUACCAACUCUUGUGAGUAUAAGCAGCUUUGAAAAUGGAUGGAUGGAAAACCCAAAUGUGUUUUUGUAAACAUUAUCAUUGUGAGUGCGGCUGUUUGUCUGGAUGUGCCCCGCCGUUGCCUGGCGACCAGUCCAGGGUGUACCCCGCCUCCUGCACGUUGACAGCUGGGAUAGGCUCCAGCAUUCCCCGGGACCCUCGUGAGGAUAAGCGGCUAAGAAAAUGGAUGGAUGGAUGUUAUUCGCUUGUUUUUGAGGAUAGGGCCAAAGCCCUAUCUAAUAUAAAGGAGUGCUUUGGUGUUGUUUUGUUACAUCUCAAGCUUUAGCCAUUGUAUCACUUGUUUUGUUUUGGGGGGGGGGACGGUUACUGGCAUAUUUUCACUAUUUGUGGCAGCUUUGAGUCGAUAUCAUUGCUGCAUAUCAAGAUGGGACGAUGUGAGGCUUUCUUGUCGAAUAUGCCGAAAACCCAACAAUCUCGCGGGUGAAGUGUCGCCUGGCCGCCGUACGCUGGCUCCCGCCCCGUUGUUGCGGCGUGAUUUCACACUUGGACCUUGCUUUGGACAACAGCUGGCCGGCGCACCCGUCCUCCCGCCCCCUGCGAGGGUCAAGUGUUAGCAAACUGCGGCGGCCUCCCGUCGACGCCAAGGCCGCAUCGCGUCCUUGAGCGCGCCUCAUUAUGCAACGUGAGCAACAUCUUCUGUGUGUGUGUGAGCACAUCUGUGUUUAUGUCAACGUGAAAUUUGCGAUGACUCAGCAGUUGUUGUUCUCCCCACGCGUCGCACGAGUGGAUUGCAGUCGGCUUAAGAGGCUGCAAACGUUCCACGAUGCGUCCAUCACUCAUGCGGGUUUCAACCACAGCCCAGAGUUUUGUCUUUGAUGUUUACAAAUACGACCAUGCGGGCCGCGCAAGACGUGGACGCCCUUCUUCUUCUCUGCUUCCUGCUGCGCGUGGCCGACUCGCUCAACCCGCGAGACCCCAAUGUGUGCAGCCUGUGGGAGAGCUUCACCACCUCUGUCAAGGAGUCCUACUCCCACCCUUACGACCACGUGACUGAGGAGCCCUGCUCGGACCCCCGAACCAACUACAGAUGCCCUCGACACAGGAUCACCUACAAGACGGCCUACAGGCAGGCCGUCAAGACGGACUACCGCAAACGCUACCAGUGCUGCCCGGGCUACUACGAGAGUCGCGACAAAUGCGUUCCUCGCUGCACCAAGGAGUGCGUCCACGGCCGCUGCCUGGCUCCGGACCGCUGCCAGUGCGAGGGAGGCUGGCGAGGCGAUGACUGCUCCAGUGCCUGUGAGGACAAACGCUGGGGUCCAGGCUGCGGCCAGCAGUGCAAGUGCGAAAACGGCGCACUCUGCGACCCGGUCAAGGGCACGUGCCAGUGCCCGCCGGGUUUCAUCGGACGCUACUGCGAAGACGCGUGUCCCGCCGGAACCUUCGGCAAGGGCUGCCUGCAGAAGUGCAAGUGCGGGACCGGAGGGUCCUGCAACAAAGCCAGCGGAGAAUGCUCGUGCCGGGACGGCUUCACCGGCACCUUCUGCGAGAGGCCGUGCUCCAGGAAGUGUCCGGCGCGGUGUCCAUGUCAAAACGGCGGCAUUUGUCGGGGGAAAGGGAUCUGUGCGUGCCCCCCUGGAUGGACGGGUUCUGUCUGCACGGAGCGCUGCCCCGAGGGACGCUACGGGCCCAACUGCGCCGAGGAGUGCAUUUGCCACAAUCGCGGCAAAUGCGACCCCGAGACGGGACAGUGCAAGUGUGCGAAAGGCUUCACCGGGAACAGGUGCAACGAGGAGUGCGCGGCGGGCUCUUACGGCCAGGACUGCGAAGGCGCGUGCGACUGCGCGAACGGCGCUCGCUGCUACAACAUCGACGGCGGCUGCCUGUGCGAACCCGGCUUCAGCGGGCCCAGCUGCAAGGACCGGAUGUGCCCGCACGGGAAAUACGGCAUGCACUGCGAACGUGCGUGUCUCUGCCAGGACAAACACACGCUCAGUUGCCACCCGAUGAAAGGCGAGUGCACGUGCCAGGCGGGCUGGGCCGGCCUGCACUGCAACGAAACCUGCGCCCACGGUUUCUACGGCGAUGGGUGCUUGGAACCCUGCCUGUGCGUCAACGGCGGCGUGUGCCACGGCGCCACCGGACAGUGCCAGUGCGCCCCCGGAUACACGGGUGUUCACUGCGAGAUUCCGUGCAAAAGCGGCACCUACGGCAAGAACUGCUCCUUGGAAUGUUCCUGCAAGAACUUUGUGGACUGCUCGCCCAUUGACGGCGCCUGUUUCUGCAAAGAAGGCUGGCAAGGACGCGACUGCUCAACUCCGUGCUCGAAGGGGACCUGGGGCCGCGGAUGCAACGGCACCUGCCAGUGCGCCAACGGGGCAAAAUGCAACCCCGUCGACGGAUCUUGCGCCUGCACGGCCGGCUGGCAGGGGGCCCGCUGCGACCGGUCGUGCCCGAUGGGCUCGUUUGGGCCAGGCUGCCUGAAGAGAUGCGACUGCGUCCACGCUGACGGUUGCCAGCCUACCACGGGGGAAUGCCACUGUCUGCCAGGCUGGUCGGGUCCACGUUGCAGUGAGCCUUGCUCGGAGGGCCUGUGGGGGCGCCAUUGCAACCAGACCUGCUUCAAGCACUGCCCCAACAGCGACACCUGCCUGCGGGAAACGGGGGCGUGCGUGUGCCGCCCGGGAUUCUGGGGCGUCACCUGUCAGAAUAAAUGCAGAUCGGGGACGUACGGCGACCAGUGCGGCUUAUCGUGCCCGUCCUGCGGCCAGUCGUAUCGCUGCCACCAUGUGACGGGGGAGUGCGACUGCCUUCCGGGGUUCACGGGGGACGACUGUCAUCAAGUUUGUCCGUCCGGCUACUUCGGCAAGCGCUGCUCCGAAGUGUGCGUGCGCUGCGCCAACAACGCCACGUGCAACCCGCGGGACGGCCAAUGCCAGUGUCUUCCCGGCUGGACCGCCACCGACUGCUCCAUACCUUGCAGCGCGGGCCGUUUCGGUUCCUUCUGCUCCCAGACUUGCUCUUGCCCCGCCAACGUGUUGUGCGACCGGGUCACCGGAGAUUGCGUGUGCGACGGCGCUGAUUGUCAACAAGAGGCGUCGGAGCCCGGCAGCGUGAUGGUGCCGCUCCCUCCGGGCGAGAAGGAAUCUUGGGCGGCCAUCAGCGGCGUGGUGGCGCUGGUCAUCCUGGUGGUUUUGCUGCUGGUGCUGCUCCUGCUCUACCGACGCCAGCAGAAGCUCAAGCACAACAACGCGCCCGCCGUCUCCUUCUCCGCCAGCCGUACCGUCAACUCCGAGUACGCCGUACCAGACGUCCCCCCCAACUACCACCACUACUACUCCAACCCCAGCUACCACACGCUUCGGGACAACCGCCCGCCGCUGCCUCACCUCCCCAACAACCACGACCGCACCAUCAAGAACACCAACAAGCAGCUGUUCUGCAGCAUGAAGAACUCGGAACGGGAACGGCGCGGCCUGUUCGGCGUGGAGAGCAACGCCACGCUGCCGGCCGACUGGAAACACCACGAAGCUCGGACUAAGGAGCCAGGAGCGUUUGGGAUCGAUCGCAGCUACAGCUACAGCGCCAGCCUCGGGAAAUAUUUCAGCAAAGAACUGAAGGACGCGGCGGGGAUGGCGAGCAGCAGCUCCCUGAACAGCGAGAACCCUUACGCCACCAUCAAGGACCUGCCCGGACCCCCCUUCUGCCCCCCGGAGAGCAGCUACAUGGAGAUGAAGGCGGCCGUCCCCCGGGAACGAGCCUACACCCAGAGCGGACCCCCGCCGCCGCCUCCGCCCCCGCCCUUCAACGCCGCCUCGUUACGACGACAACGUCAACAUUCAGUAGGCCACGCCCCCCAGGAGGACCCCCAAGGCCACUAUGACCUCCCCGUGAACAGCCACAUCCCGGGCCACUACGACCUGCCGCCCCUCCGUCACCCGCCCUCGCCCGAGGGGACGACCCACUGACCCACCGCGGACGCGAACGCGAACGCACACCAGGCCCCCAAAGCGCUCUCGGGACUUUGUCGCCCCCCAGUGGAUCACGAUGGGUUUGACUGACUGGGAUGGAGAAUCCACUUCAGGCGGGAUGCCGUGCAAGUGGAGGGAUUUUUUAUUGGUUUUUUUUUGGGUGGGAGUGGGGGUGGGGGGAUUGGCAGGAGGACGUCAGGAAUGUUUGAACCUUCUUAACAUCUUCACUCGUUUUUUUUUUCUUUUUGUUUUUACAUUGUUUGUCUGGUUUCCUGCAAUUAUUUUACUUUUACAAUGAUGCACUUUAGUACAAAAAAAAAAGACAAGUCUGGCUUUUAAAUGGGUGUUUUUUGCCAAAUUACAAAAAAAAUCAAUUGUAAACCAUUACUUUACAAUAAAAGAAAGGAUAGUGUGAGAAAAAAAUAUUUAAAGUAAAAAAAAUGAAGUAUGAAAUUAUAUUAGGUAUGAGGAAAAAAAAAAAUUUCGUGCACAAACUGGCCAGUUGGAAGUGCUCACUUGCUCAACUGCAGAGAGUAAAAGCAGCACUUUUUCUAUGAAUGUCAGCUUUACAGAUGCCCUCUAUGCUCCGCAGUGGAAGGUUGUCGUAUUUUGUUUUUCAUCGCUUUAAUUUUUUCUUUCUCUCGGCAGUCCCCUAAAUGUCAGCUUUACAGAUGCCACUUACAUGCUACAGGAAGUACGACAAAUGUCUUUUUUUUUUUCCCCCGCCGACACAUUUACGACAUGAUCAUUUUUAGGUUUAGUUGUACAUGUGAUUGUGUAUUUUAAGGAUGUAACCAUUAUUUUCUUUGUAUAUUUGUAAAUAAAAAGCCAUCAUAGGUGUGGAGUGUAUUCUCAUAAUUGCAAUAAUAUUGCUUUAUGUACAAAAGUCAUUUUACAAACUUUGAGAAUAAAUACAUUUGCAUUA